UUAAUACACCAAAUUAUUUAUUAUUUAUUACUAUGUUGAUUUAUUACCUUCCAGGAAUGUUGUGUAAGAUCGACAACAAUACUUAAAAUGUCCGUGGGGCGCACCCCUUGCACCCCGAAGAACCCUGAUUAACCGCUUUAUCUCUCGCUCUCUCUCUGCUGUUCUCUUUCCUUCCCUCUCUCCCCUUCCUUUUUUUCCACCUGCCUUUCUGCAGGAAUUUUCAUUGACCGAACCGCGGAUAUGCGGACUACCCUUCACCGCCUCACCAUCGCACCUUAAAUCCCCUCUAAUGAAUUUAUUGCUAUACCUUCUGGCACAACAUCCCUCAGUCGACAUGGGUCUGCUUACGGGAAGCCGCCAACUCGAUGCGGCCGAUGCCCACAACUUUGGAGUGGAUUGGGUCAUCCACUACCAGUUUGAGGAUAUGGAGAUGCUGAAGGCCAUCGAAGAAUUCCGAGCCCUCAUCAAAGAUCUGCAAGAAGCGAAAUUGCAAGUGCAAGUGCGCCCUGGUUAUGGCGCUUCCUUGUUGCUGUGCAUUCGCGUCCCUCGCGACCACCUGGGAAAUAUGGUCUAUAAAUCUCGGGUGAAGGAUUGGCUGUAUGGGAUCAUCCACGAACUCCCCAUCGGCGACGAGCACACCGCGAUCGACUCCGAAACGCCAGCCGAAGAACUCCGAUCCGUAUACCACGCCGUCACCUGGUCCAAGGCACUGGGUGGUGCGGGCGUCACCGCGCAAUUAGGCCAGUGGAAGAACGUGGCCAGCACCUUUCCGUUGCAUGACCCGACCGCCAACGCCAAUCUGUUGCGCAAGUGGAGCCACACGCUCCUGCUAAAUGCAGAGGAUCUGGAUGCGAUUCGCGCCUUGUAUGGGGAGAAGGUCGCCUACUAUUUCGCAUUCAUCCAAUGCUAUUCGACGUUUCUGGUCUUCCCCGCCGCGUGGGGCAUCUUCACAUGGCUCUAUCUCGGACCCUACUCCAUUACUUCCGCUCUGGUCAACUGCCUCUGGUGCAUCGUGUUUGUCGAAUAUUGGAAAGUCCGGGAAACUGACCUUGGCCUCCGAUGGAACGUCCGGGGCGUGGGUGCCUUGAAGGUGAACCGCCCACAAUAUGUAUGGGAAAAGGAAGUACGCGACUCCGUGACGGGUGAGACCGUUCGUGUCUUCCCGGCGCACAAGCAAUUUCUUCGCCAGCUGUUGCUGCUGCCAUUUGCCUCCAUCGCCAGUCUCGCAUUGGGUUCGUUGAUCGUGGUGACAUUCGCCAUGGAAAUCUUGAUCUCGGAAGUUUAUACAGGCCCAUUCAAGGAAUACCUCGAGUUCCUUCCGACCAUCCUUUUCUCCCUGUCACUUCCGUGGAUUAACGAUACCCUGACGGACAUGGCCACCAAAUUAACCGAUUACGAAAAUUAUCGCACCCAGGACCAGUAUGAUAUUGCACAGACCACAAAAACCUUCGUCAUGAAUUUCAUCACCUCCUUCCUCCCCACGAUCCUCACGGCAUUUGUCUAUGUCCCAUUUGGCGCCCGACUGCUGCCGUAUCUCGACGUGAUCCGCGUUGGAAAGCUGGCAACGGCGUUCGACACCCGCCGAGUCCAUAUCGAUCCCUCGCGGUUGCAACAAGAGGUCAUUUAUCUCUCGGUGAUGGGACAGGUCAUGAGCUUUGGUGAGGAGAUUGUGCUGCCCUAUGUAAAACAAGUGGUCAUGCAGAAGUGGCGCCACUAUCGACAAAAGAAUGUGCCGGCCGGACAAGGCCGCCGUUAUUCCUCCCGAACCGACCAGCUGUUAAUAGAUGCCCCGGGUGAGGCAUCCUUCCUGUCGAGAGUCCGGAACGAGACGGAAGCCGACGAGUACAACGUCCAUGACGACACACUAGAGAUGUGCGUCCAGUAUGGGUAUCUAGCACUCUUCGGCGCGUCAUGGCCGCUGGUACCGCUCGGUUUUCUGCUCAAUAACUGGCUGGAGCUACGGGGAGACUUCUUCAAGUUGAGUCUCGAAUGCCAGCGGCCGCCUCCCAUCCGAGCCGAUUCCAUUGGGCCGUCGCUCCAAGGAUUAGAAGUUCUCACUUGGCUCGGAACUUUGUCCACCGCAGCCAUCGUUUACCUGUACCGUGGCGGUAUGGCCGACGUGCGUCUAUCCACGCUCCUCUUGAUCCUCCUUGCGGCGGAAUGGGCAUAUUUGGGGCUCCGCUUCGUUGUACGGACGGCUGUAGAGAAGAUCGCCACCGGCUCACUUCGAAAGGAGGCCGCCAAACGAUAUGCCCUUCGCAAGAACUAUUUGGACACACUUACACGAAGUACAUCGCCUAAAGGUCGACAACGCGUCCGCUUCGAAGACCGUGUCAAUGUUUAUACCACAGGAACGGAUGUCAGAACCAACUCUCAGGAAUUCCUGCACCCCGGUCAUCAUGAGACAUCGAAUGAGGAACGAUUCUGGUCUUGUCCUACCCAGGAUACUGCGGACGCCGGCGUUCGGUUGAUUAAAGCCCUGUGCAUGGGAGAUCGGGUGCAACCAGAGAAUAAGUCCGAGAAGAUGACAAAGGGUGCAUAGAGUGCUCCUUUACAGCCCAUAUUCGAUGAUAGAUUUCUUUUUUUUUUCUUGCGUUCUCCACAUUAUACGGUUGACCUGUAACCAUCGCUGGUGUCGAUAACUUCCCUGCUGCGCGGGAUCUCUUGUCGAUGUCUGUACCCGAGGCAAUAAACCUCGGUUACCGUGGAUUUGACAUCCAAUUCAUUGAUAACGAUAGCGCUACCAGUUCCAUGGAUGCGCGAAUAGCUACGCUCUUGUACAUCCUGGCAUACAUACCUUCCUUCCGUUUCCGUUUCCUUGAGUCACGUGGUUCCAGGAUUUUCUGCGCGAAUCACAUUAGUCAAUAUCUAACUAUUUAAUAUACGUCGGUUCUAUUGAA